AUGCAUUCUUUAACAACCGGCCCCGGCGUUCAAAGAGGCGUCGAUUCCAUUUCGUUGAAGCAAAAACUGCUCGGUCCGUGCUUACUUCUCGUCGGAACGAUAUCGCUCGCCGUGUUUACUCUCCUCGAGUUAAACGUCAUAGAUUUACACGAAAAAGACGCAGAGAGAGGGACGAAAGCGGCGACGUUCGUUGUGGGGGUUUUGAGCUUCUUACCCGGGCUGUACGCGACGACGGUGUUGGUGCAAGUUGGGAGAGGGAAAGAUGGGUGGAGUUACGAGAUGUUGAGAGAUACGUAG